GGUUAUAGCUGCUCUCUAAACACCAUCCCGAAGUUUUCCUGGACCGUGUGACGCAUGAACACCGGAUGUUUCCAGCUGGCAUUAAUUAGUGAGUGGGUCCACCCUGCCUUUAUAAAGGAGACGCGCCCACUGCCGCGCUCUGUGUCCACGCAGGCGAAGAUGAGCUACGGAUCUGAUGUGUUCUCCUCCUCCUCCUACAGGAGGAUCUUCGGGGAUUCUCCCCGUCUCUCCUCCUCUCCGUCGCGCGUGUCCUCCCGCGGAGGAGGCUACCGCUCCUCCUCCCUGUCCCGCACAGGCAUCUCCUCCGUGGGCUCCUACAGCAGAAAGUCGGCUCGCUCCUUCUCCGCUCCGCUGGAGGCCUUCGACCUGACCCAGAGCAGCAUCCUCAACAAUGAGUACAAGAUCAUCCGCACCAACGAGAAGGAGCAAAUGCAGGGUCUCAAUGACCGCUUUGCCAUGUUCAUCGAGAAGGUGCGCAACUUGGAGCAGCACAACAAAGUCCUUGAGACCGAGCUGGUGGCGCUGCGCCAGCGGCAGGCAGAGCCGUCCCGCCUGGCGGAGCUCUACCAGCAGGAGAUCCGAGAGCUGCGCUCCCAGCUGGAGGAGCUGAACGGGGAGAAGUCCCAGCUGGUGAUAGAGAGGGACAGCAUCGACGACGACCUGCAGAAACUCAGGGGGAAGUACGAGGAGGAGUUCCGCGCCCGGGAGGAGGCGGAGGCCACCCUCAAGGCGUUCAAGAAGGACGUGGACGACGCCACCAUGGUGCGCCUGGACCUGGAGAAGAAAGUCGAGUCCCUCCUGGACGAGAUCAACUUCCUGCGGAAGGUGCACGAGGAGGAGGUGGUCGAGCUGACGGACAUGAUCCAGGCCGCGCAGGUGUCCGUGGAGAUGGAGGUGGCCAAGCCGGACCUCACCUCCGCCCUCAAGGAGAUCCGCAGCCAGUACGAGUCCAUGGCGUCCAAGAACCUGCAGUCGGCCGAGGAGUGGUACAAGAGCAAGUUCGCCGACCUGACGGAGCAGGCCAGCCGGAGCAACGACGCCAUCCGAGCCAGCAGGGAGGAGGCGAACGAGUUCCGGAGGCAGCUGCAGUCCAAGACCAUCGAGAUAGAGAGCCUGAGGGGGACCACCGAGUCUCUGGAGAAGCAGAUGCGGGAGAUGGAGGACAGGCACAGCAUGGAGAUCAACACCUACCAGGAGAGCAUGGCAGAGCUGGAAAAUGAGCUGAGGACCACCAAGAGUGAGAUGGCUCGUCAUCUGAGGGAAUACCAGGACCUGCUGAAUGUCAAGAUGGCUCUGGAUAUAGAAAUUGCUGCAUACAGGAAACUCCUGGAAGGGGAGGAGACCCGCAUCGGAACAGGCAUCGCCUAUUCCAACCCCUCUAUAAGCGCCGGCAUCGGGCAGGGCUACAGCUACCAGACCCGCAUCUACUCCGGCUCCGGCAAGACCUCCAAGAAGGAGGGCAAGGAGGAGGAGCAGCAGCCGCAGAGCAAGCCCACCGGGAAGGUGUCCCAACGCGAAGUCUACGAGGAGACCGUGGUGACAACCAAGAAGAUGGAGAAGCAGCAAGAAGACAUCCCUACCAAUCAGAAAAACUAGAAACCUCCUCUAAGCCUGGGUCUGAAACCACUAAACCUUUGCUCUGUCCCGCGCAAACACACGCCUCUUUUCGUCUCCCGUCUGUUUAUUCUUAUUCAAAUCCAUCAUAACUCCACAGAAGCAAUCACUUUAUUGCGACAAAAGUCAUGGCUGAACAACUCUGAUAGCAGUCUUCAUCACCAGUCAUCGUGUAGGAGAGACACAGUGAGCAAAUUUUUACCUCAAGCUUUGAUGUAAUCUCAACACAUAUUGAGGGACACGCGUUUGACUGUUAGGAUGCACAAUGGCACAUACACACACACACACACACAAAAAAAAAAUAGGUUGGAAACACAUCAGCUGGUGUUGUGCUUUUAUCACUGACAGUUUCAGGAAGAAACAGUCUACCUUA